AUGUCGUUCGCCCCAGUCGAUCCCCCGAACCUCCGGCAAGACAAUAAGAAGAGAGUAGCAUACUUCUACGACUCAGAUGUCGGCAACUAUGCAUACGUCUCGGGCCAUCCCAUGAAACCUCACAGGAUACGACUCGCCCAUUCCCUGGUGAUGAAUUAUGGUCUCUACAAAAGAAUGGAGAUUUAUCGCGCAAAGCCAGCCUCCAAGUACGAGAUGACACAAUUUCACACCGAUGAAUACAUCGAUUUCCUGGCAAAAGUGACGCCUGACAACAUGGAUUCAUACCAAAAGGAACAACAGAAAUACAAUGUCGGAGACGACUGUCCGGUCUUUGAUGGUCUUUUCGAGUUUUGUGGCAUCAGUGCCGGUGGUAGUAUGGAAGGCGCGGCAAGACUGAACCGACAAAAAGCAGAUAUUGCAAUCAACUGGGCAGGUGGCCUACAUCACGCCAAGAAGAGUGAGGCCAGCGGUUUCUGCUAUGUCAACGACAUUGUCUUGGGGAUUAUCGAGCUGCUCAGAUUCCACCAAAGGGUCCUCUACGUGGACAUCGAUGUCCACCAUGGUGACGGUGUUGAAGAGGCUUUCUACACCACUGACCGAGUCAUGACUGUUUCUUUCCACAAGUACGGAGAAUACUUCCCGGGCACCGGUGAACUCAGGGAUGUCGGAGUUGGCUCGGGCAAGUAUUACGCCGUCAAUUUUCCUCUUCGAGACGGCAUCGAUGAUUCCUCUUACAAGGGCAUCUUUGAGCCUGUCAUUCGAGCCACCAUGGAAUAUUACCAGCCUUCAGCUGUUGUUUUGCAGUGCGGUGGCGACUCUCUCUCUGGCGAUCGACUGGGCUGCUUUAAUCUCAGCAUGAAGGGCCACGCAAACUGUGUUCGAUUUGUGAAAUCAUUCAACCUGCCGACGCUCAUCCUUGGUGGAGGUGGGUAUACCAUGCGUAAUGUUGCACGAACCUGGGCAUAUGAAACGGGUUGCUUGGUCGGCGAACACAUGCCGGCAAAUUUGCCAUACAACGACUACUACGAGUAUUAUGCUCCUGACUAUGAACUCGAUGUCCGACCGUCAAAUAUGGACAAUGCGAACUCCAGAGAAUAUCUCGAGAAGAUCCUGACGCAAGUCCUCGAAAACAUGAGGAGAACUGCCCACGCACCCUCGGUACAAAUGACCGACGUCCCUAGAGAUUCGCUCGGGAUGAAUGACGACGACGAAGCAGCUCUCGACGAUCUUGAUGAAGAUGAAAACCCAGACAAGCGAAUAACAGAGCGCAAAGCAGAGAAAUAUGUCCAGAAGAAUGGAGAGCUGUAUGAUAGCGAUGAUGAAGAAAUGGAUGACAUGAACGGUCGACCAUCUUCCCGCAAGAGGCGUGCCCUACAGAAUUACCGCCACAUUAUGGAUGUCGGAGGCAAUGAUUCAGGAAUGGAAACGAAUAGUGGAAUGGGCACACCUCAGCAAGGUUCCAGUCUACCAGAUGAUGCAGAUGAGAUGAAUGUGGAUGAACUUGAUGAUAAGGCCGCGCCGACUCCCAGCCCACCCGCCGAAGCUGUCAAUGGUUCUGCUGCAGUUUCAGGACCACGGUCGCCCGCUCAACCACCAGCCGAGGAUGGAGAUGAGGACGUCGAAAUGAGAGAAGCCGAUGCGAAUGAUGAGGCACCCGAAGCCACAACCGAUGCUCAACCGAUCGAAGAAGAAUCAACUAUCACAGUUCAACAACAGCGAACGCCCCCAGCCUCACCGCCUGAGUCGCACCCUCAACAAGAACAAGAACCUACACCGGCCACUACCACCACCGUUGCUGAUGAAGUCCCAACUGACAGCGCUAAUAUCGCUCCUGCUGCUCCAGAUCCAACUCCAGCCCCAGCCACUGAGGCGGCGACCGAGACCGAUGCGUCAACGACACCAGCCAUCACUGCAUCAGAGACAGUGACCAUUGAGCCCGAAGCAACUGAUACUAUGGCAGAGGAGGCAGAAAUCAAAAAGGAAAUAACUGGCGAUGAUGAGGUGGCCAAGGCCCAAGAAGGAGGGCGUAUGUGGAGAGAGGUAGCCAAUGCAGAUGGCGAGGCAAGGGCAGAAGCUGCUACCAAGGCUGAGGAGUAG